CGGUCGCUCUCGGCGUUUGACAGAUGGAGUUGGUGUGACUCGGAGUCAGGGCUAAAAGCGUUUGUUGAAAACAGGAAGAAAUUCACUUUUUUAUCUGCAAUGAGAGGUGAACAGACUGAAAAUGGGGAAAACUCAACAAACUCGCAGAGUGAAAUCCUGAUCAACCAGCUGAGGGAGAUCACUGGCAUCCAGGACCCACAGAUUCUCUACAGAGCCUUGAAUGCCAGUCAGGGUGACAUUGGACAUGCCGUUGGACUGCUGACCACCCAGACUGCAGAGGUUCAGGAUCCUGGAGAACCACAGGAGUCAGGGACCUCUGCAGAGGCCUGGGAGGGCCAGAAAGGACUUCAAAAAGAUGAACUGCAGACGGCCAUCGAGCUCAGCCUGCAGGAGUCCCACAAUGCCCAAGAAGAGGAGAGAGAAUUUAACAGGGCUCUGGAGGCCAGUGCAGAGGAGAACGCAGCGAGAAUGAAGAGGAAGAGAUGUGAAGUCCAGAAUGAGAUGUGCAGCCCUGCAGACUGGAUCCGUCAGGACGACUGGCCCGUGGGCAUUCGCAAUGUUGGCAACACCUGCUGGUUCAGUGCCGUCAUUCAGUCACUGUUCCACCUGCCUGUGUUCAGGAGGCUGGUUCUCAACUACCAUCUGUCUGAGCAAAUACUGGAGAAGUGUAAGAGCCAUUCUGACAAGAGGAACAUAGCUUUCAUGCAGGAGCUGCGCUGUCUGUUUGCCCUCAUGUUGGGCUCAACUCGCAGAUUUGUGGAUCCCUCUGCGGCAGUGGAGUUACUGCGAGAUGCUUUCAGGACCAGUGAGGCCCAACAGGAUGUCAGUGAAUUUUCCCACAAACUGCUUGACUGGCUAGAGGAUGCAUUUCAGCUGGCUGCCAAUGAUAAUGGAGAAGACAAACAACAAAACCCCAUGGUCCAGCUUUUCUAUGGCACCUUUGUGACAGAAAGAAGACACGAGGGUAAGACGUUGUGUAACAUCGAGCAGUUUGGCCAGUACCCCCUGCAAGUCAACGGCUUCAACAACCUGGACGAAUGUCUAGAAGGUGCUAUGGUUGAGAGGGAGAUUGAGUCACUGCAUUCAGAUCACAGUGCCACAUCUGGCCGUGAGAGAUGGUUCAAAAAGUUACCACCUGUCCUGACAUUUGAACUGUCUAGAUUUGAAUUCAACACCCAGCUCGGUCGUCCUGAAAAGAUACACAAGAAACUGGAGUUCUCACAAAUCAUUUAUAUGGACAGAUAUCUUCACAAAAACAUAGAACAGACCCAUGAGAGGAGAGUAGAAGUGAAGAAACUCAAGGAGCAACUUGCAGCCCUUCAGCAGAAACUUGAGUGCUACAAAAACUAUGGCUCAGGACCUGCAAAGUAUCCUCUGGCUGACAUGCUGCAGUUUGUGUUGGAGUUCGCUACAACCAAGCCUUCAAAUGUUUCCCCUGCUGAAGAUCUGAGACCAGUUUCUCCAAACCCUGCAAGCCACCCCCUCAGUGAACCCAUCUCCAAAGACGACAGUGAACCUGGAGAUACAGAUUCAUCGGAGGGCCUGGUUUCUAGUUGCCAGCGGACCCCCAUAUACAAACCAUUCACCCAGUGCAGACACCCCAUUGACCGCCCACCACACCCAGCCCCCCACAGCAUCACUGAAGAAGAGCUGCACUUUGUCAAGACCUGCCUGCAGCGUUGGAGGACCGAAGUAGAGAAUGACAUAAAUGAGCUAAAGGCCAGCAUUGACAGGCUCACUCAGACACUGGAGGGCAUGUACUCAGACAACAGUCUCUGCCAGGCACCCUACAGAUUGCACGCAGUGCUCGUCCAUGAAGGCCAGGCAUCAGCAGGCCAUUACUGGGCCUACAUCUACGACCAUGCCAACCAGCGCUGGAUGAAGUACAAUGAUAUAAGCAUCACUGAAUCAUCAUGGGAGGAGCUGGAGCGAGACUCAUUUGGGGGCAUGACCAAUGCCAGUGCCUACUGCCUGAUGUAUAUCGAUGACAGGCUACCCCACCUUAUUACAGAGGACACAGAUGAUGAGACAGGCCAGGUGCUGCAUGGCAUGGACUCCCUGCCACCUGUCCUCAGACGCUAUGUUCAUGAAGAUAACCGCUGGUUCCAGCAGGAGCUCAGCGAAUGGGAAGAGCAGUUCUGCCAGACCGCAGCCCCACAGGGAGAGUCUACAGUCUCUGCAGAGCCCCCAAACCCCCGUCCAGACAUCAUACAGCAAACACCAGUUGAGCCAGCACCCCAGUCAGGACCAACCACUGAAGAGCCAGACCAGGAAGCUUCUUCAGAGCCACAACCAGACCCAGAAGCAGAGAAAGAUCUGGAGCCAGAGCCCAGAGAGAAAACUAAAGAAGAAUCAGACUCAACGUCACCACCACCACCACAGAGCCCCGGCUGCCAGCCAGACGACACCAGCAGUGCCACUGUCACUGACACCGUGGAGCCGAGCCAGAGCUCCACUUCAGCUGAGACGGAGCUUCAGAGUCAGACUCCUGCUGACACUGAAGCAGAGCCUAGUGACCAGGCACCAUCUGACCUCGAUGUGGAGAAGGACGACACACAGGCGGCAGGCGGCGGCCCUCAAGCUGAAGGUGAGCCAGAGGCUUCCAAAGAAGCUCCUGAACAUGAAACAAAGCAGGAGAAUGAGGAGGAGCAGCAGCAGGAGGUUCCAGCAAGACAGCGACAGCCUGAGAAUGAGGUCUCAGAAGUGGAGAUCCCCAAUGUGGGCAGGAUUAUGGUGAGAGCUGAUGCUGAUGGAUACAAUGAAGAGAUGAUGCUGACUCCAGCUAUGCAGGGCGUCAUUCUCGCCAUAGCCAAGGCCAGACAAAUUUUUGAUAAGGAAGGCCCCGAGGCUGGUCUCAUCAAGGCUUUCCAUGAGGAGUAUUCACGCUUGUAUGAGCUCUCCCAGGAGGAGACCACACCCCAGGAGGACCCUCGUCUGCAGCACGCUCUCGUCUACUUCUUCCAGAAUAAGGCACCCAAUCGCAUUGUUGAGAGGACACUGCUGGAGCAGUUUACUGACCGCAACCUCAGCUUUGAUGAAAGGGCCAUCAGUAUCAUGAGGGAAGCCCGAGCCAAGCUGCGCCUCAUCAAACCCGAGGACAUGGAUAUGGAUGAGUACUUGCAGUGGCAUGAUGACUACAGGCUGUUCAGAACGGUGUUUGUCUACCUGCUGACUGGACUGGAGCACUACCAGCAUGGGAAGAUGCGGGAGGCAUUGAUCUUCCUGGCUCAUGCAUACGAGACCAACACCAGUCUGCUAAAGAAUGGAGAGAAACGUGGCAUGGAAAAGUCUCUUAUUGCCAAUUACAGGAGGAAAUGUCUCACUGCAUUGAAUGAAAGAGCUUCAAAGCUUUUCUGCAGUGGUGAGGAGACCAGUGUGGAGGAGGGCAUCGCCGUCAUGGACGAAGCCGUCAUCCCCUGCCUUCAUCUGAUGAGCAGGGAUGCAGCUUUAUCUCAAGAAGAUCGAGACGCCAUGGAGAGCAUCCGCAGCCACUGGUGCUGCUGCCUGGGCCAGGACAUGGAUGCCUCACUGCAGGUGAAGCUGGGUGAGUUUCUGCCUCGGGUUCUGGACGGUUCGGCUGAAACAAUAGUUCUUAAAGACCCUCCCAAAGUGCAUGUCAACCAGGCCCACGACCUGUGCAGUCGCCUGGCUGCUGUCAUGGAGUCCAUUCACAGCACCUCGAUAGUCAUUGUAAAGUAAAGCCCUCAAAGAAAUCCCUUACAGCUUCCUUGAAUCGUGCGUCCAACCUGCAAACAACUUGACUGUUAGUUUGUUCUGUGCUGACAGACUGUGGGGUUGAGAUGUUUUCAAUAAGCCAAAUUAUGUAUUUUAUUUUACCUGCUUUUUUAGCAUUGCACAUUUAUAUUAUUUUAAAGGUUUAACAUAGCAAACUAUAAACAGUCUUUAGGGGUAGAUAGGGGGUGGGGCAGGACUGUCACAUGGAUUUGUGCUCACUGUAACAUUAUCAAGACAUUUCAUUUCCCUCUGGAAAAAUCUUCAACAGGAUUGAAAGUUCACUGCAUAAUCAAAAUGCAUUCUCUGUAUCCUUCCUAGCUGCUUUCAUGAAUUCCCUCUGACUGUCCACCAUCUUCAGCAUCCCCCAUUUUGCUGGAAAAAAAUACCGGCAGUUCUUAAAAAUCGUAAUGGCCUCAGAGUAGCAGCAGGUUAUGUGAAAGAGGCAGAACAUAAUUGUUUUUCUCCCACGACCCACAGAACUGACAGCAGUUAUUUGUUAACCAGAUCAGGUAAAAACAUGUUUUAGACUUUCUGCCUCAUUCUGGUAGCCUGACAUCACCUGACCAAUUGGAAAUUCGAAUAGGCAAAUAAAACAUGAACAAUAAAAACAUUAGCUUACAGAUUUAAUAUUUUGGUACCAACUUCAAAGAGCAUAUUACUUACCGUCAUGCCCAGUGCUGGUACUAUGUAGUGAUAUUUUACCUAAAAACUGCAGAGAGAAGUGUAAAGGUUUGUAUAGUUGUGUGCCUGUAACUAGCUUUUCAUCAGCUGAACAAACAAGAUGUCAUCAGUAGGAGAACAGGAAAGCUUGAAACUCUGAUCCACACACAAUCAGAUUUCAGGUAUUGACAUGUUUUAUUGGCUGGCAAAUUUGUUGAAAUACUGGUGAUGAUAUAACUGUCACUAAACUGGAUCGGUAGGAUUUGUUGUGUUGUUAGGCAGUGUGAACGCACAAUAAGGCCUUCAUACAGGGCUAAAAAAAAGAAAAAGAAAAAAAAAAGACUUUUAUUGCACGGUAAAAAAAAAAAAAUGCUUUUUUAAAUAAAUGUUUUAUAUUACUUUGUAUUUUUCCAGAACAGGAAAUUUCACAUGUAGAUAAAGCUAGAAGAAGAUAGCCACAUUAAUAUUAUGCAUACAAAUAUUUUGGCAGGGCACAACUCUGAGCACUGGAACUAUUAGCAGCAACUCUUCUUUGUUGAAGUUUGACAGAGCCCUGUUGGACAGCACCUUGCUCAACAGAUGUGCCUUUUCUCCCCCUUUGAAGGGCUCUUUGUUAAUCAUGUAAAACCUUUGAAAGGAAAGACAUGGAAAAUAAAUAAAAUCCUUUAUUUACUGGCAUCCUAGAUAUAAAGCAGCAUCAUGAAUGAAUCCUCCUAAUUAGGAUUUUCAGGCCAGCAACAUGGAGUGAGUCUACCAUUUCUGGUUGCUGAUUUCACACUGCUUUUUCACUCUGCACUCUGUGAUGAUACUCAAUAAAUGGUUUAAACUCUGUUUACACCUUUA